AUGAGUCAGCUCGCCACCGAAGUCUCUCGCCGGCGCACGUUCGCCAUCAUCUCGCACCCCGACGCGGGCAAGACCACCUUGACCGAAAAGCUGCUGCUGUACGGCGGCGCGAUCCAGCUCGCCGGCGAGGUCAAGGCCCGUGGUGAGCGCCGCCGGACGCGCUCGGACUGGAUGAAGGUGGAGCGCGAGCGCGGUAUUUCGGUGUCGGUUUCGGUGAUGACUUUCGAGCACGGCGAAUGCACCUUCAACCUGCUCGACACUCCUGGCCACGAGGACUUCAGCGAGGACACCUACCGCACCCUGACGGCGGUCGACUCGGCGGUCAUGGUGCUCGACGCGGCCAAGGGCAUCGAGGCCCAGACCUUGAAGCUAUUCGAGGUCUGCCGGCUGCGCGACGUGCCGAUCAUCACUUUCGUCAACAAGCUCGACCGCGACGGUCAGGAGCCUCUCGAGCUGAUGGACGAGAUCGAAGACAAGCUCCAACUGGAAGUCACCCCGGCCAACUGGCCGAUCGGCAUGGGCAAGCUGUUUCGCGGCAACUACGAGCUCGCCACCAACCGGCUGCUGCUCACCGACGGCGAUCCGGCGGGCGAGCUCUUGGAGGGCUUCGAAGACCCGCGGCUCGAGCAGCAGCUCGGUGCGAGGCAGGCGGAGGAGCUACGCGACAACGCCGAGAUGGUGCGCGAGCUAUGCCCGGUCUUUGACCGCGGGACCUACCGUGCCGGCAACCAGACGCCGGUUUUCUUCGGUAGCGCACUGCGCAACUUCGGCGUGUUGCAGCUGCUCGACGCGAUCGAGAGCCUGGCGCCGUCGCCCCGCCCGCAAGCGGCGGCAGAACGCACGGUAGAUCCGCUGGAAGACAAAGUCAGCGGCUUCGUCUUCAAGAUUCAAGCGAACAUGGACCCGCGCCACCGCGACCGUAUGGCCUUCGUGCGGCUGUGCUCGGGCCGCUUUCGGCGCAGCAUGAGACUGCACCAUGUGCGCAGCGGCAAGCAGCUCAAUCUGCACAACCCGAUGCUGUUUUUGGCCCGCGAUCGCGAACUCGCCGAAGAGGCAUUCGCCGGCGACAUCCUCGGGGUGCCGAACUACGGCAACCUGCGCAUCGGCGACGCCCUGACCGAGGGCGAAGAGCUACGCUUCACCGGCAUCCCAAGCUUCGCUCCAGAGCUGCUCAAGAGAGUUCGCCCAGAAGACCCGAUGCGUGCCAAGCACCUCGGCAAGGCCCUGUUCCAACUGGCAGAGGAGGGCGCCGCGCAAACCUUCAAACGCAAGCUCGGUUCCGAGUGGAUCGUCGGCGUCGCCGGGGCCUUGCAGUUCGAGGUCUUGGCCGACCGUUUGCGCACCGAAUACAACCUCGACGUGCGCUUCGAAUCCACCCAGCUCUAUACCGCCCGCUGGAUCGAGGCCGACGAUGCCCGCUACCUCAAGAAAGUCGUCGACGCCAACGAAGCCGCUAUCGCCGAAGACCACAACGGCUCCCCGUCCUGCUAG